AUUUGUGAUAAAAAAACAAUGAGUUUAUAGGAAUAGCUUCUUAAUGUGAUUCAUGGUGUGUUUUCACCAGAUAAUGCCACUAGAUAGAAGGCAGAGGAAUUACUAGCCUAAUAUAGAGAUUCUUAACCAAGUGAAUUUGUCACAGCAAUGCUCCAUCUAUGCAGACACGAGGAAUUAAAAAUUAGAUAGUUUGCACCAGUGUAUUUAAGAAAUUCAUUGAGUAACUAUUCUCCAAAGAGUCAUAAAAAUGUAUGGAGUCUUCUUACUGCAGAAACCUAAGAAAUUGUAAAAGUGUCAUUGUUUCAAUUAUUGGAACUUGAAACCAGUUCAAAUGUGAGAAGUUAAUUAUGUGAUACUAUUGGUGAACUCGGAGGAUCACUCUUUGAAGAUGAAACAAAAAAUUUAUGGCCUAAUCUCUUAUAAACUUUAUGGUAAUUGUUUUUGUCUCCAAAAAAUGACUUAAUUGAAUGUGGAUUCAAGAUCUUAUCCAAUCUUUUUACAUAUGCUAUAGAUCUUUUUAAUAAGCAUUAAGCUGAUCUACACACAUUAUUCAUUUAAGGACUUGCUAGUCCUGAUUAAAAGAUUAAAACAGCUACUAUCUAAGCUAUUGGUAAUUAUGUUACAACAUCAGAACCUAAAUAAUAUAGAGUAUUUUAAGAUCUUAUUCCAAAUCUUAUGUAAUCUGCUUUAACUGUUACAAUCCAAGAUUAAACUUUAGGUGAAGAUAUUAUGGAAACAUUCUCUGAUAUUGUAGAUGCUGAACCAAAGUUCUUUAGAAAAUAAAUCAAUGUAUUUUUCAAUGGAAUUGCAGCUAUUUUUAGAGAAUCUUAAAUAGAAUAAGGAUUGAAGAGAAUUGGAACUGAAACACUAAUAAGUUUGGCUGAAAAAUUCCCAAGAGUUUUUAAAUAAGAUAAAUAAUAUUUGAGUUAAUUAGUAGAAAUGAUCUUCUUCCAUAUGAUCUAAAUUAGUGAGACAGUUUCUGAAGAAUGGAAGAAACCUGCUGAAGGAUUCAAUGAUGAUAUAUAAUAAGAUGAAGAUUGUGAAACUACAAGAUUUGGUAUGUCUUCAAUUGAUAGACUAAUCGAAUCUAUUGGUGAUAAAGAAAUGUUACCAGUAUUGAGUCCAAUUGUUAAUUAAUUGUUAUAACAUUAAGAUUGGAGAUAUAAAUAUGCUGCCAUUUUGGCAUUAUCAUAAGUAGGUGAAUAUAUAGAAGAAGUAGCAGAAGUAAAACCAAUAAUUGAAUUGGUAUCUCCAAUGUUGAAUGAUUAAAAUCCAAUGAUUAGAUAUGCUGUUUGUCAUGCUAUAGGUUAAAUUGCUGAUGAUAUGAAACCUAAAUUUUAAGAAAGUUAUUUACAUUUAAUAGUUCCAUAAUUUUUAACAAGAUUGUAAAUUGAAGAAGUUCCAAGAGUUUCAUCUCACAUUUUAGCAGCUUUAACUAAUUUUGUAGAAGGAACAGAAAAAGGAAUUGAAGCAUAUUUAUAAAACUUGAUAUAAUUGACAAUCCAAUAUUUGAAUAAUGGUAUUUCAAUAGUAAAAGAGAAUGCUAUGAGUGCUUUAGCUGCAACUGCUGAAUCUAGUAAAUAAUUAUUCCUUCCAUAUGUUAAUGAAAUAGUUCCAUUAUUAUUCUAAGUAUUCUAGAAUCAUUAGAAUAAGGAAUAUAGAUAGUUAAAAGGAUAAACAAUAGAAACAAUUACAUUAAUUGCAUCAGCUGUUCGUUAAGUUGCCUUCUAACCAUUUUUAGCAGAAACAGUUAGAAUAUUAAUAUAAGUUUAAACAAGUUAAUUAGAAGCCGUUGAUCCUUAAAAAUCAUAUGUUCUUUCAGGAUGGUAAAGAUUAGCAUUAGUAUGUCCAUAACAAAUAGCUGUAUAUUUACCAGAGAUUAUUCCUUCAUUAUUCUAAUUAGUUUAAUAAGUAUUUAAAGUACAUACAGGAACUGGAGAUGAAGAAUUCCAUACUUAUGAUAAUGAAGAAGCUGAAGUUGCUAUUCAUAUGUUAUCUGUCUUUAUCGAAGAAUUGAAAGAAUCUUUCUUCCCUUACUUUGAUUCAUGUACUUAAUUGAUUGUUCCACUUUGUAAUUUCAAUACAGAUGAAAAUAUAAGAAGUGCUGCAUGCAAAUGUUUAGUUAGUUUAAUCGAAAAUGUUAAAGCUACUAAUAAUGUUUAAUAAUUAGUUUAAGGAGCUAAAUAUUUCUUAGGAAUUAUCUUAGAAGCAGCUCAAAAAGAAUUUGAUCCUAUGGUCAUAAUUGAAUAAGUCGAUUGUAUCAAAGAAAUCAUAGAUAUUGUUGGAUAACCAUUUAUGACAACUGAAGAAGUCACUUAACUCUCAGAUAAAGUAUUUAAAUUGUUAUUGGAAUCAGAUAAAAGAAAAGCUGAAAAUGAAAAAAUGUCCAAAGAAGAAGAUGUUGAUGAAGAUGAAAAAACAGUUAUUAAAGAAGAAACAGAAACUGAAGAAGAAUUACAUGUCAAAAUCGCAGAAUGCAUUGGAUCAAUUUUCAAAACUCAUAAAGAUUAAGUCUAACCCUUAUAUGAGGUUAUUUGCAAUCAAAUUUUACCUAAAGUAUUGGAUCCAACCUAAUCUCCUAAAAUGCAUUAAUUUGGUAUCUUCCUUAUUGAUGAUAUGGUUGAAUAUUUGGGAUAUCCAUAUGUUUAAGCUAAACUCAAUGAUUUUGCUUAAGCCUUAACAAUCUACGCUGUUGAUAAAGUUUGUUUUGUAAGAUAAGCUGCUGUCUAUGGUAUUGGAAUUAUGGCUCUUAAUACACCAGAGGUAUAUUAUUUAUUUUAACUUUUAUAGUAAUUAUACAUUAAUGUUGCUCCUAUGUUAUCUAAAGCUCUUGUAGAUUCUUUGAAAGUAGAAAAGAAUUAAGAUGACACUGAAAAAUAACACGGACAUGCAAGAGAUAAUUCAAUUGCAGCUUUAGGAAAAAUUAUCAAAUGUCAAGGCAAUUCUUUAGGAGGUGAUCUUAUCUAAGGAAUUCAAACAUGGUUACAUUUAUUACCUCUCAAAUAUGAUAAACCAGAAGCUCGUAUUUAACAUGAACAAUUAGCAGAUUUUGUAAUUGCUGAUUGUAAUCAAUUGAUAAAUGGAAAACCAGAGAAUGCUUUAUAAGUAUUAUAUUUCAAUAAAUAUAUUUAGAUUCUCAAAGUUUUUGCUAAUUCUUAUAAGACUAAGAGAUCUAGUGAAGCUAUAGAUUUAAAAAUAGCAAGUGCAUUAAAAGUAUUUGAAUAAUCACAAGGAUAAAAUGUUUAAGCUAUAUUUGGAAUGUUAAGUUAAGAAGAGUAGAAGAAACUCUUGGAAGUAUCAAAAUGAUCAGUAUUGUGUAUU